UUAACGGUGCCAAAAAUGCGUAAAAAUGAUAAGAUAGGGGAUUAAAAAUUAGGACAAUAAAACAAGCAAUAAGCUUACGAUCUGAAUCGUCCAUCAUGAAGCUCCUUUUUCUAGUUUUUUGUUAUUUUAUAAGUUUAAUUUCUGGGCAAAAUCCUGGGCUCCGAAUUAUUGGAGGAGACAUUGCCAGGGCUAGUCAAUUUCCAUACUCAGCAGGAAUUAUUUCCAACUACCCAACUGGGUCUUUUUUCUGUGGAGGGGCUCUCAUUAGUAACCAAUGGAUUCUGACCGCAGCACAAUGCAUUAUAAAUGCUACACAACUAACGAUUUAUUUAGGUUCUAAUAAAAUAGACGGGAAUGAUCCUAAUCGUGUUACUGUAGCUACUGCGACUUAUGUAACACAUCCAGACUAUAAUCCUGAUACUUUGGAAAAUGAUGUUGGGCUAGUCAGAUUGCGUUUGCCAGUUGAAUUUAAUGAAUACAUAUCAGCGAUAAAUUUGCCUUUGGUCGGGCUUGAAGACGCAGCUGUUGUUACAGCAAUCGGAUGGGGACAAGAGAGUGACCACAACCCGGGUCUUGUAAGUGACCUACACUUCGUAGAACAAGUCUCGAUUUCGAACGAAGAGUGUAAGAAGCUUUAUGGUAGUCAAAUUGUGGAUAGUAUGGUUUGUGUCGUUGGUCAAGAUAUUGAAGGGAUUUGUACCGGUGAUAGUGGUGGACCAUUGGUGGCUUACAGAAAUGAACGAUCGGCUGUGCAUGUUGCUGUAGCUUCUUUUUAUAGCAGUACUGGAUGCGAAAGUGUUUAUCCGUCUGGUUAUACCAGAACUUAUCCAUAUGUGGAUUGGAUCACUAGUGUCACAGGAAUAACACCUUAAUUUUAAUUUUGGUAUUCAAUAAAAAAAAAUUAAGAUA